AUGGAGAGCAAUUCUAGUAAAGUUUUCGACAAUCUAAAGCCUCUGCCAUGCCCACCUUUAUCUUCACCAUUUGUGCGACUCUCGGCAAGUGACAAUCAACACGAUUUGUUCCUGAUGACAAUUCUACUCGUCAAUUUUCUUCUCUCCCUAUUAACAAUACUUACCAAUUUUGUCGUGGUUUUCACAAUCAUAAAGACUCCAAAUCUACAAACRCCUUCAAAUAUACUAAUUUUAAAUCUUGCAGUGACUGAUUUYUUUGUCGGCGUGAUUGCAGAACCGUUUACUUGUGCAUCGAAAUACGCUGAACUAAAGAGAAACGUUCAGUUGUUGUGCUCCAAUGGACUCGUGGUGAGUAACUGUUUAUGGGUCUUAAGCUUAAUGUCGCUUAUCGCUCUCACUGCUAUCACUGUCGAUCGCUUUUUGGCGAUUCAUUUACAUCUUCGAUAUCGGCAGUUGAUUACAACAAGGCGGUAUGCUAUACUACAUUUUUCGAUCUGGGUAUUUAUAGCGACAGUUGGAGUUGCCAGAAUCCUGUAUGAGAAUCAACGACUUUAUCUUCCUUUUUCGACGAUACUGUAUGCAUCCCUUAGCCUCACCACUUUGUGCUUCAUCUUUAAAAUCAAUCGCGUUAUCAAAAGACACUCGUCACAGAUACACGCCCAGCUAAAUUCAUCAACAGUGCCCAUCAGUACUACCAUCAACAUGCCAAAGAUUAAGAAAUCAGUGAUUGUGAUGAUGAUGACAUUAGGAGCAUUUCUUGCGUGCUAUAUUCCAUAUUUUGGGAUAAUGAUCACGUUUAUUGUUGUAAAGGAGCCUUCUAUUGCAAAGGGGUACGCCUCGAAUAUUACCAUCACCAUGGUAAAGAUUAAUAGUUUAAUAAACCCAAUAAUCUACUGUUGGAGAAUAAGAGAACUUCGUAGUGCUGCAUUUCGUAUACUUCGCAAGAUAUGCAGCUAGUUUUGCGACUAUACAACCUUUGUUUAGUAAAUGGUCUUGUGGCGCAUGAAAAGGAYAAGGGACUGCCAAAUUAGGAAUAAAAGGAAAGAAAGAUGCCAAAAGGAAGGGAAACGAAGAAAAAGAGAACAAAAAGGACACGUAAGUAAAAGAGCGUUAAAAAAACUUGGAUCAUGAUCGAUUUUAAGCCAGGAGGGGAGAGAAGAAGCUGGAAAGAUGUCCAAUMCCCUCUAUUAUCACAGCCGAAUACAAAAUAAAGGAGCGUGCUACCUUUGGUGCGGUAACGCUUUUUGGUUCUUUCCGUGCUGUGCAUCUAGAACGGACUACGAACUGGAGAAGAAGGUUUCAGCUU